GAGAGAGGGCCACUCGCCUUCCUGGUGACACAGAGAUUUCCUAGCCCCGUUACCAAACGAAAAAGCAACGCAAGGGCUUCUAAGAAGCCAUCCCAAUGACCUUUUGGCUUUGAGAAGAGCAGUCCUCAUACCAGAGUGUUUGGGGUUUUGGCCUCUUUCAGUGUAUAUUCAUUCUUACAUGGGAAAGUUGUAUUCUGAGGUUUCUGUGGUGCAUGAAGCUUUUGCCUUCACCAUCUGUUCCCGUGUCUUCCUUGGGUGACAUCAGAGUACAGCAGUAUUUUCCCUUGCCAUCUAAUGGGGUUUGGGCUGUUUGACUCAACCGUGUGUGUUCCUCAAUGCCAGGGGAAUAAUCCUACCCUAAGUCAGCUGAACAGAAGCCAGGAUCUAACUGCAAACAAGAGACCCAGCUUGCUUAACAGCAUGGAAGAGACCAGUUUUGUUGCAGCUACCUGGGAAGACGGUUGCUAAUUAGCCUGCAACAAAGAGUUCCUUGCUCAUCUAAAAGAGGCAAUCACUGUUCAGGUGAAGCUUUGUUCUAAGAAUAUUUGUUUCAUCUAGUUUAUGAGUCCAAAUGAUAUAGACUGUAAAUGUCACAGCAGUGGUGAAAGACUGCUCGGUCAUGAGCACCGACAGUAACUCACUGGCACGUGAAUUUCUGACCGAUGUCAACCGGCUUUGCAAUGCAGUGGUCCAGAGGGUGGAGGCCAGGGAGGAAGAAGAGGAGGAGACGCACAUGGCAACCCUUGGACAGUACCUUGUCCAUGGUCGAGGAUUUCUAUUACUUACCAAGCUAAAUUCUAUAAUUGAUCAGGCAUUGACAUGUAGAGAAGAACUCCUGACUCUUCUUCUGUCUCUCCUUCCACUGGUAUGGAAGAUACCUGUUCAAGAAGAAAAGGCAACAGAUUUUAACCUACCGCUCUCAGCAGAUAUAAUCCUGACCAAAGAAAAGAACUCAAGUUCACAAAGAUCCACUCAGGAAAAAUUACAUUUAGAAGGAAGUGCCCUAUCUAGUCAGGUUUCUGCAAAAGUAAAUGUUUUUCGAAAAAGCAGACGACAGCGUAAAAUUACCCAUCGCUAUUCUGUAAGAGAUGCAAGAAAGACACAGCUCUCCACCUCAGAUUCAGAAGCCAAUUCAGAUGAAAAAGGCAUAGCAAUGAAUAAGCAUAGAAGGCCCCAUCUGCUGCAGCAUUUUGUAACAUCGUUUCCUAAACAAGACCACCCUAAAGCUAAACUUGACCGCUUAGCAACCAAAGAAGAACAGACUCCUCCAGAUGCUAUGGCUUUGGAAAAUUCCAGAGAGAUUAUUCCAAGACAGGGGUCAAACACUGAUAUUUUAAGUGAGCCAGCUGCCUUGUCUGUUAUCAGUAACAUGAACAAUUCUCCGUUUGACUUAUGUCAUGUUUUGUUAUCUUUAUUAGAAAAAGUUUGUAAGUUUGACGUUACCUUGAAUCAUAAUUCUCCUUUAGCAGCCAGUGUAGUGCCCACACUAACUGAAUUCCUAGCAGGCUUUGGGGACUGCUGCAGUCUGAGCGACAACUUGGAGAGUCGAGUAGUUUCUGCAGGUUGGACCGAAGAACCGGUGGCUUUGAUUCAAAGGAUGCUCUUUCGAACAGUGUUGCAUCUUCUAUCAGUAGAUGUUAGUACUGCAGAGAUGAUGCCAGAAAAUCUUAGGAAAAAUUUAACUGAAUUGCUUAGAGCAGCUUUAAAAAUUAGAAUAUGCCUAGAAAAGCAGCCUGACCCUUUUGCACCAAGACAAAAGAAAACACUGCAGGAGGUUCAGGAAGAUUUUGUGUUUUCAAAGUAUCGUCAUAGAGCCCUUCUUUUACCUGAGCUUUUGGAAGGAGUUCUUCAGAUUCUGAUCUGUUGUCUUCAAAGUGCAGCUUCAAAUCCCUUCUACUUCAGUCAAGCCAUGGAUUUGGUUCAAGAAUUCAUUCAGCAUCAUGGAUUUAAUUUAUUUGAAACAGCAGUUCUUCAAAUGGAAUGGCUGGUUUUAAGAGAUGGUGUUCCUCCCGAGGCCUCAGAGCAUUUGAAAGCCCUAAUAAAUAGUGUGAUGAAAAUAAUGAGCACUGUCAAAAAAGUGAAAUCAGAGCAACUUCAUCAUUUGAUGUGUACAAGAAAAAGGCACAGACGAUGUGAAUAUUCUCAUUUUAUGCAUCAUCACCGAGAUCUCUCAGGUCUUCUGGUUUCGGCUUUUAAAAACCAGGUUUCCAAAAACCCAUUUGAAGAGACUGCAGAUGGAGAUGUUUAUUAUCCUGAGCGGUGCUGUUGCAUUGCAGUGUGUGCCCAUCAGUGCUUGCGCUUACUACAGCAGGCUUCCUUGAGCAGCACUUGUGUCCAGAUCCUACUGGGUGUUCAUAACAUUGGAAUAUGCUGUUGUAUGGAUCCCAAAUCUGUAAUCAUUCCUUUGCUCCAUGCUUUUAAAUUGCCAGCACUGAAAAAUUUUCAGCAGCAUAUAUUGAAUAUCCUUAACAAACUUAUUUUGGAUCAGUUAGGAGGAGCAGAGAUAUCACCAAAAAUUAAAAAAGCAGCUUGUAAUAUUUGUACUGUUGACUCUGACCAACUAGCCCAAUUAGAAGAGACACUGCAGGGAAACUUAUGUGAUGCUGAACUCUCCUCAAGUUUAUCCAGUCCUUCUUACAGAUUUCAAGGGAUCCUGCCCAGCAGUGGAUCUGAAGAUUUGUUGUGGAAAUGGGAUGCUUUAAAGGCUUAUCAGAACUUUGUUUUUGAAGAAGACAGAUUACAUAGUAUACAGAUUGCAAAUCACAUUUGCAGUUUAAUCCAGAAAGGCAAUAUAGUUGUUCAGUGGAAACUAUAUAAUUACAUAUUUAAUCCUGUGCUCCAAAGAGGAGUUGAAUUAGCACAUCAUUGUCAACACCUAAGCGUUACUUCAGCUCAAAGUCAUGUAUGUAGCCAUCAUAACCAGUGCUUGCCUCAGGAAGUGCUUCAGAUUUAUGUAAAAACUCUGCCUAUCCUGCUUAAAUCCAGGGUAAUAAGAGAUUUGUUUUUGAGUUGUAAUGGAGUAAGUCAAAUAAUCGAAUUAAAUUACUUAAAUGGUAUUCGAAGUCAUUCUCUAAAAGCAUUCGAAACUCUGAUAAUCAGCCUAGGGGAGCAACAGAAAGAUGCCUCAGUUCCAGGUAUUGAUGGGAUAGACAUUGAACAGAAGGAGUUGUCCUCUGUACAUGUGGGUACUUCUUUUCAUCAUCAGCAAGCUUAUUCAGAUUCUCCUCAGAGUCUCAGCAAAUUUUAUGCUGGCCUCAAAGAAGCUUAUCCAAAGAGACGGAAGACUGUUAACCAAGAUGUUCAUAUCAACACAAUAAACCUGUUCCUCUGUGUGGCUUUUUUAUGCGUAAGUAAAGAAGCAGAGUCUGACAGGGAGUCGGCCAAUGACUCAGAAGAUACUUCUGGCUAUGACAGCACAGCCAGCGAGCCUUUAAGUCAUAUGCUGCCAUGUAUAUCUCUCGAGAGCCUUGUCUUGCCUUCUCCUGAACAUAUGCACCAAGCAGCAGACAUUUGGUCUAUGUGUCGUUGGAUCUACAUGUUGAGUUCAGUCUUCCAGAAACAGUUUUAUAGGCUUGGUGGUUUCCGAGUAUGCCAUAAGUUAAUAUUUAUGAUAAUACAGAAACUGUUCAGAAGUCACAAAGAGGAGCAAGGAAAAAAGGAGGGAGAUACAAAUGUAAAUGAAAACCAGGAUUUAAACAGAAUUUCUCAACCUAAGAGAACUAUGAAGGAAGAUUUAUUAUCUUUGGCUAUAAAAAGUGACCCCAUACCAUCAGAACUAGGCAGUCUAAAAAAGAGUGCUGACAGUUUAGGUAAAUUAGAGUUACAGCAUAUUUCUUCCAUAAAUGUGGAAGAAGUUUCAGCUACUGAAGCCGCUCCCGAGGAAGCAAAGCUAUUUACAAGUCAAGAAAGUGAGACCUCACUUCAAAGUAUACGACUUUUGGAAGCCCUUCUGGCCAUUUGUCUUCAUGGUGCCAGAAGUAGUCAACAGAAGAUGGAAUUGGAGUUACCUAAUCAGAACUUGUCUGUGGAAAGUAUAUUAUUUGAAAUGAGGGACCAUCUUUCCCAGUCAAAGGUGAUUGAAACACAACUAGCAAAGCCUUUAUUUGAUGCCCUGCUUCGAGUUGCCCUCGGGAAUUAUUCAGCAGAUUUUGAACAUAAUGAUGCUAUGACUGAGAAGAGUCAUCAGUCUGCAGAAGAAUUGUCAUCCCAGCCUGGUGAUUUUUCAGAAGAAGCUGAGGAUUCUCAGUGUUGUAGUUUUAAACUUUUAGUUGAAGAAGAAGGUUAUGAAGCAGAUAGUGAAAGCAAUCCUGAAGAUGGCGAAACCCAGGAUGAUGGGGUAGACUUAAAGUCUGAAACAGAAGGUUUCAGUGCAUCAAGCAGUCCAAGUGACUUACUCGAAAACCUCACUCAAGGGGAAAUAAUAUAUCCUGAGAUUUGUAUGCUGGAAUUAAAUUUGCUUUCUGCUAGUAAAGCCAAACUUGAUGUGCUUGCCCAUGUAUUUGAGAGUUUUUUGAAAAUUAUUAGGCAGAAAGAAAAGAAUGUUUUUCUGCUCAUGCAACAGGGAACUGUGAAAAAUCUUUUAGGAGGGUUCUUGAGUAUUUUAACACAGGCUGAUUCUGAUUUUCAAGCAUGCCAGAGAGUAUUGGUGGAUCUUUUGGUAUCUUUGAUGAGUUCAAGAACAUGUUCAGAAGAGCUAACCCUUCUUUUGAGAAUAUUUCUGGAGAAAUCUCCUUGUACAAAAAUUCUUCUUCUAGGUAUUCUGAAAAUUAUUGAAAGUGAUACUACUAUGAGCCCUUCACAGUAUCUAACCUUCCCUUUACUGCACGCUCCAAAUUUAAGCAACGGUGUUUCAUCACAAAAGUAUCCUGGGAUUUUAAACAGUAAGGCCAUGGGUUUAUUGAGAAGAGCACGAGUUUCACGGAGCAAGAAAGAGACUGAUAGAGAGAGUUUUCCCCAUCGGCUGCUUUCAUCUUGGCACAUAGCCCCAGUCCACCUGCCGUUGCUGGGGCAAAACUGCUGGCCACACCUAUCAGAAGGUUUCAGUGUUUCCCUGUGGUUUAAUGUGGAGUGUAUCCAUGAAGCUGAGACUACUACAGAAAAAGGAAAGAAGAUAAAGAAAAGAAACAAAUCAUUAAUUUUACCAGAUAGCAGUUUUGAUGGUACAGAGAGCGACAGACCAGAAGGUGCAGAGUACAUAAAUCCUGGUGAAAGACUCAUAGAAGAAGGAUGUAUUCAUAUAAUUUCACUGGGAUCCAAAGCGUUGAUGAUCCAAGUGUGGGCUGAUCCCCACAAUGCCACUCUUAUCUUUCGUGUGUGCAUGGAUUCAAAUGAUGACAUGAAAGCUGUUUUACUAGCACAGGUUGAAUCACAGGAGAAUAUUUUCCUCCCAAGCAAAUGGCAACAUUUAGUACUCACCUACUUACAGCAGCCCCAAGGGAAAAGGAGGAUUCAUGGGAAAAUCUCCAUAUGGGUCUCUGGACAGAGGAAGCCUGAUGUUACUUUGGAUUUUAUGCUUCCAAGAAAAACAAGUUUGUCAUCUGAUAGCAAUAAAACAUUUUGCAUGAUUGGCCAUUGUUUAUCAUCCCAAGAAGAGUUUUUGCAGUUGGCUGGAAAAUGGGACCUGGGAAAUUUGCUUCUCUUCAACGGAGCUAAGGUUGGUUCACAAGAGGCCUUUUAUUUGUAUGCUUGCGGACCCAACCAUACAUCUGUAAUGCCAUGUAAGUAUGGCAAGCCAGUGAAUGACUACUCCAAAUAUAUUAAUAAAGAAAUUUUGCGAUGUGAACAAAUCAGAGAACUUUUUAUGACCAAGAAAGAUGUGGAUAUUGGUCUCUUAAUUGAAAGUCUUUCAGUUGUUUAUACAACUUACUGUCCUGCUCAGUAUACCAUCUAUGAGCCAGUGAUUAGACUUAAAGGUCAAAUGAAAACCCAACUCUCUCAAAGACCCUUCAGCUCAAAAGAAGUUCAGAGCAUCUUAUUAGAACCUCAUCAUCUAAAGAAUCUCCAACCUACUGAAUAUAAAACUAUUCAAGGCAUUCUGCACGAAAUUGGUGGAACUGGCAUAUUUGUUUUUCUCUUUGCCAGGGUUGUUGAACUCAGUAGCUGUGAAGAAACUCAAGCAUUAGCACUGCGAGUUAUACUCUCAUUAAUUAAAUACAACCAACAAAGAGUACAUGAAUUAGAAAAUUGUAAUGGACUUUCUAUGAUUCAUCAGGUGUUGAUCAAACAAAAAUGCAUUGUUGGGUUUUACAUUUUGAAGACCCUUCUUGAAGGAUGCUGUGGUGAAGAUAUUAUUUAUAUGAAUGAGAAUGGAGAGUUUAAGUUGGAUGUAGACUCUAAUGCUAUAAUCCAAGAUGUUAAGCUGUUAGAGGAACUAUUGCUUGACUGGAAGAUAUGGAAUAAAGCAGAGCAAGGUGUUUGGGAAACUUUGCUAGCAGCUCUAGAAGUCCUCAUCAGAGCAGAUCACCACCAGCAGAUGUUUAAUAUUAAGCAGUUAUUGAAAGCUCAAGUGGUUCAUCACUUUCUACUGACUUGUCAGGUUUUGCAGGAAUACAAAGAGGGGCAACUCACACCCAUGCCCCGAGAGGUUUGUAGAUCAUUUGUGAAAAUUAUAGCAGAAGUCCUUGGAUCUCCUCCAGAUUUGGAAUUAUUGACAAUUAUCUUCAAUUUCCUUUUAGCAGUUCACCCUCCUACUAAUACUUACGUUUGUCACAAUCCCACGAACUUCUACUUUUCUUUGCACAUAGAUGGCAAGAUCUUUCAGGAGAAAGUACGGUCAAUCAUGUACCUGAGGCAUUCCAGCAGUGGAGGAAGGUCCCUUAUGAGCCCUGGAUUUAUGAUAAUAAGCCCAUCUGGUUUUACUGCUUCACCAUAUGAAGGAGAGAAUUCCUCUAAUAUUAUUCCACAACAGAUGGCCGCCCAUAUGCUGCGUUCUAGAAGCCUACCAGCAUUCCCUACUUCCUCACUACUAAUGCAAUCACAAAAGCUGACUGGAAGUUUGGGUUGUAGUAUCGACAGGUUACAAAAUAUUGCAGAUACUUAUGUUGCCACCCAAUCAAAGAAACAAAAUUCUUUGGGGAGUUCCGACACACUGAAAAAAGGCAAAGAGGAUGCAUUCAUCAGUAGCUGUGAGUCUGCAAAAACUGUUUGUGAAAUGGAAGCUGUCCUCUCAGCCCAGGUCUCUGUCAGUGAUGUCCCAAAGGGAGUGCUGGGAUUUCCAGUGGUCAAAGCAGAUCAUAAAGAGUUGGGAGCAGAACCCAGGUCAGAAGAUGACAGUCCUGGGGAUGAGUCCUGCCCACGCCGACCUGAUUACCUAAAGGGAUUGGCCUCCUUCCAGCGAAGCCACAGCACUAUUGCAAGCCUUGGGCUAGCUUUUCCUUCACAGAACGGAUCUGCAGCUGUUGGCCGUUGGCCAAGUCUUGUUGAUAGAAACACUGAUGAUUGGGAAAACUUUGCCUAUUCUCUUGGUUAUGAGCCAAAUUACAACCGAACUGCAAGUGCUCACAGUGUAACUGAAGACUGUUUGGUACCUAUAUGCUGUGGAUUAUAUGAACUCCUAAGUGGGGUUCUUCUUAUCCUGCCUGAUGUUUUGCUUGAAGAUGUGAUGGACAAGCUUAUUCAAGCAGAUACACUUUUGGUCCUCGUUAACCACCCAUCACCAGCUAUACAACAAGGUGUUAUUAAACUAUUAGAUGCAUAUUUUGCUAGAGCAUCUAAGGAACAAAAAGAUAAAUUUCUGAAGAAUCGUGGAUUUUCCUUGCUAGCCAACCAGUUGUAUCUUCAUCGAGGAACUCAAGAAUUGUUAGAAUGCUUCAUCGAAAUGUUCUUUGGUCGACAUAUUGGCCUUGAUGAAGAAUUUGAUCUGGAAGAUGUGAGAAACAUGGGAUUGUUUCAGAAGUGGUCUGUCAUUCCUAUUCUGGGACUAAUAGAGACCUCUCUAUAUGACAACAUACUCUUGCAUAAUGCUCUUUUACUUCUUCUCCAAAUUUUAAAUUCUUGUUCUAAGGUAGCAGAUAUGUUGCUGGAUAAUGGUCUACUCUAUGUGUUAUGUAAUACAGUAGCAGCCCUGAAUGGAUUAGAAAAGAACAUUCCUGUGAGUGAAUAUAAAUUGCUUGCUUGUGAUAUACAGCAACUUUUCAUAGCAGUUACAAUUCAUGCUUGCAGUUCUUCAGGCUCACAAUAUUUUAGGGUUAUUGAAGACCUUAUUGUAAUGCUUGGAUAUCUUCAAAAUAGCAAAAACAAGAGGACACAAAAUAUGGCUGUUGCACUACAGCUUAGAGUUCUCCAGGCUGCUAUGGAAUUUAUAAGGACCACCGCAAAUCAUGACUCUGAAAACCUCACAGAUUCACUCCAGUCACCUUCUGCUCCCCAUCAUGCAAUAGUUCAAAAGCGGAAAAGCAUUGCUGGUCCUCGAAAAUUUCCCCUUGCUCAAACUGAAUCGCUUCUGAUGAAAAUGCGUUCAGUGGCAAAUGAUGAGCUUCAUGUGAUGAUGCAACGGAGAAUGAGCCAGGAGAACCCUAGCCAAGCAACUGAAACGGAACUUGCACAGAGACUACAGAGGCUCACUGUUUUAGCAGUCAACAGGAUUAUUUAUCAAGAAUUUAAUUCAGACAUUAUUGACAUUUUGAGAACUCCAGAAAAUGUAACUCAAAGCAAGACCUCAGUUUUCCAGACCGAAAUUUCUGAGGAAAAUAUUCAUCAUGAACAGUCUUCUGUUUUCAAUCCAUUUCAGAAAGAAAUUUUUACAUAUCUGGUAGAAGGAUUCAAAGUAUCUAUUGGUUCAAGUAAAGCCAGUGGUUCCAAGCAGCAAUGGACUAAAAUUCUGUGGUCUUGUAAGGAGACCUUCCGAAUGCAGCUUGGGAGACUACUAGUGCAUAUUUUGUCGCCAGCCCACGCUGCACACGAGAGAAAGCAAAUUUUUGAAAUAGUUCAUGAACCGAAUCAUCAGGAAAUACUACGAGACUGUCUCAGCCCAUCCCUACAACAUGGAGCCAAGUUAGUUUUGUAUUUGUCAGAGUUGAUACAUAAUCACCAAGAUGAAUUGACUGAAGAAGAGCUAGACACAGCAGAACUGCUUAUGAAUGCUUUGAAGUUAUGUGGUCACAAGUGCGUCCCUCCCAGUGCAUCAACAAAAGCAGACCUUAUUAAAAUGAUCAAAGAGGAACAAAAGAAAUAUGAAACUGAAGAAGGAGUGAAUAAAGCUGCUUGGCAGAAAACAGUUAACAAUAAUCAACAAAGUCUCUUUCAGCGUCUGGAUUCAAAAUCAAAGGAUAUAUCUAAAAUAGCUGCAGAUAUCACCCAGGCAGUGUCUCUCUCCCAAGGAAAUGAGAGAAAAAAGGUGAUCCAGCAUAUUAGAGGAAUGUAUAAAGUAGAUUUGAGUGCCAGCAGACAUUGGCAGGAACUUAUUCAGCAACUGACACAUGAUAGAGCAGUAUGGUAUGACCCCAUCUACUAUCCAACCUCAUGGCAGUUGGAUCCAACAGAAGGGCCAAAUCGAGAGAGGAGACGUUUACAGAGAUGUUAUUUAACUAUUCCAAAUAAGUAUCUCCUUAGGGAUAGACAGAAAUCAGAAGAUGUUGUCAAACCACCACUCUCUUACCUGUUUGAAGACAAAACUCAUUCUUCUUUCUCUUCUACUGUCAAAGACAAAGCUGCAAGUGAAUCUAUAAGAGUGAAUCGAAGAUGCAUCAGUGUUGCACCAUCUAGAGAGACAGCUGGUGAAUUGUUACUAGGUAAAUGUGGAAUGUAUUUUGUGGAAGAUAAUGCUUCUGAUACAGUUGAAAGUUCGAGCCUUCAGGGAGAGUUGGAACCAGCAUCAUUUUCCUGGACAUAUGAAGAAAUUAAAGAAGUUCACAAGCGUUGGUGGCAAUUGAGAGAUAAUGCUGUAGAAAUCUUUCUAACAAAUGGCAGAACACUCCUGUUGGCAUUUGAUAACACCAAGGUUCGUGAUGAUGUAUACCACAAUAUACUCACAAAUAACCUCCCUAAUCUUCUGGAAUAUGGUAACAUCACCGCUCUGACAAAUUUAUGGUAUACUGGGCAAAUUACUAAUUUUGAAUAUUUGACUCACUUAAACAAACAUGCUGGCCGAUCCUUCAAUGAUCUCAUGCAGUAUCCUGUGUUCCCAUUUAUACUUGCUGACUACGUUAGUGAGACACUUGACCUCAAUGAUCCGUUGAUAUACAGAAAUCUCUCUAAACCUAUAGCUGUUCAGUAUAAAGAAAAAGAAGAUCGUUAUGUGGACACAUACAAGUACUUGGAGGAAGAGUACCGCAAAGGAGCCAGAGAAGAUGACCCCAUGCCUCCCGUGCAGCCCUAUCACUAUGGCUCCCACUAUUCCAACAGCGGCACUGUGCUUCACUUCCUGGUCAGGAUGCCUCCUUUCACUAAAAUGUUUUUAGCCUAUCAAGAUCAAAGUUUUGACAUUCCAGACAGAACUUUUCAUUCUACAAAUACAACUUGGCGACUCUCAUCUUUUGAAUCUAUGACUGACGUGAAAGAACUUAUCCCAGAGUUUUUCUAUCUUCCAGAGUUCCUAGUUAACCGUGAAGGUUUCGAUUUUGGUGUGCGUCAGAAUGGUGAACGGGUUAAUCACGUCAACCUUCCCCCUUGGGCACGUAAUGAUCCUCGUCUUUUUAUCCUCAUCCAUCGGCAGGCUCUAGAGUCUGACUAUGUGUCGCAGAACAUCUGUCAGUGGAUUGACUUGGUGUUUGGGUAUAAGCAAAAGGGGAAGGCUUCUGUUCAAGCGAUCAAUGUUUUUCAUCCUGCUACAUAUUUUGGAAUGGAUGUCUCUGCAGUUGAAGAUCCAGUUCAGAGACGAGCGCUAGAAACCAUGAUAAAAACCUACGGGCAGACUCCCCGUCAGCUGUUCCACAUGGCCCAUGUGAGCAGACCUGGAGCCAAGCUCAAUAUUGAAGGAGAGCUUCCAGCUGCUGUGGGGUUGCUAGUGCAGUUUGCUUUCAGGGAGACCCGAGAACAGGUCAAAGAAAUCACCUAUCCGAGUCCUUUGUCAUGGAUAAAAGGCUUGAAAUGGGGGGAAUACGUGGGUUCCCCCAGUGCUCCAGUACCUGUGGUCUGCUUCAGCCAGCCCCACGGAGAAAGAUUUGGCUCUCUCCAGGCUCUGCCCACCAGAGCAAUCUGUGGUUUGUCACGGAAUUUCUGUCUUCUGAUGACAUAUAGCAAGGAACAAGGUGUGAGAAGCAUGAACAGUACGGACAUUCAGUGGUCAGCCAUCCUGAGCUGGGGAUAUGCUGAUAAUAUUUUAAGGUUGAAGAGUAAACAAAGUGAGCCUCCAGUAAACUUCAUUCAAAGUUCACAACAGUACCAGGUGACUAGUUGUGCUUGGGUGCCUGACAGUUGCCAGCUGUUUACUGGAAGCAAAUGCGGUGUCAUCACAGCCUACACAAACAGAUUUACAAGCAGCACGCCAUCAGAAAUAGAAAUGGAGACUCAAAUACAUCUCUAUGGUCACACAGAAGAGAUAACCAGCUUAUUUGUUUGCAAACCAUACAGUAUACUGAUAAGUGUGAGCAGAGACGGAACCUGCAUCAUAUGGGAUUUAAACAGGUUAUGCUAUGUACAAAGUCUGGCGGGACACAAAAGCCCUGUCACAGCUGUCUCUGCCAGUGAAACCUCAGGUGAUAUCUCUACUGUGUGUGAUUCAGCUGGCGGAGGCAGUGACCUCAGACUCUGGACGGUGAACGGGGAUCUCGUUGGACAUGUCCACUGCAGGGAGAUCAUCUGUUCCGUGGCUUUCUCCAACCAGCCUGAGGGAGUAUCUAUCAAUGUAAUCGCUGGGGGAUUAGAAAAUGGAAUUGUACGGUUAUGGAGCACAUGGGACUUAAAGCCUGUGAGAGAAAUUACAUUUCCCAAAUCAAAUAAGCCCAUCAUCAGCCUUACAUUUUCUUGUGAUGGCCACCAUUUGUACACAGCAAACAGUGAUGGGACCGUGAUUGCCUGGUGUCGGAAGGACCAGCAGCGCUUGAAACAGCCAAUGUUCUAUUCCUUCCUUAGCAGCUAUGCAGCUGGGUGAAUGCGAAUGAACUUCACGUUCUCCAAAGCACUUUAACUCCAAACUAGAUUUGUUGACUUCACCAGUUUUAGGAGGUUGAACCUAAAGAAAUGGAUGACUGGACAAACCAUCCAAAUAAUGAUAAAGUCUAUUCAUCUGCACAAAAUUCUGAAGAGUCACAUGAUCCUAAGAGGAAAGUUCUGUUCUAUUUUAGGGAUAAUCUGGAAGCUUGUGUCAAUAUGCACUAGCCAACAAGUUUUAAGCCUCACAUGGUACAUUAAAAUGAUAUUCUUAAAAUUUUUUCCCACCAAGGUAUUCCAAAGAAAAUAUUAAGGUCUCCCCUUUUUCUGUGAUUCCAAAAGGACCAGUAGAAUUUAAAUUGGUUGGUUAAUUGUUUAUAUAAAACACACUAAAAUUAUAUUUUGAAAGUUUUCUGCCAUGAAAUACUCCUCCCACCACACACACAUGCUCCAAGAGGAAAGAAAAAAAGAUAAUUUUUAGGACUUGAUAAUUGCUUUCUUUGAGAAGCAAAUUAUUCAGUAGGUGCCUCUGUACCAAAUAUUUUAUGGAAUAUCUAAAUACUAAAAUAAACUAUGAAUGAAUCUCAAAAUUAGGCAGUUUUUGCCAGUUGCCUUCUUAGCUCAAAGGAGAACCAGAAUUUUUUUGACAGCCACAAACAAGAAUACAGGUAUCUUGGAUUUCAGACACAUUCUGUUUCUUCAUAAAAAUUUUACUUAAAAUCUGUAAUGCUAGAUAUUGACUAUCCUUAGUUGAGUCACUGAGGUUUAAACACAAUGGUAAGUCUUAAAGUCUGCUAUUUACAGAGCAUUGAAUCUGCACCAAUUUGCAAUAGAAAGCCUUCAGUAUGCAAGAAGUUUGCAUGGGUAUUAAGAACACAGCCUAAAUAAGGCAUUUAAUCUAAUCUGCAGGAAGAAUUUUCUUCCCCAAAACAGAAUUAUAAAAGCUUACUUUAAACAGGAGGCAGAAUAAUUCUUUUAGGAAACCAUUUCAUUCUGUUUCUACUAACCUAUACCAUCUGAGAAUUCUAGGAAGAAUAAUAAAAUCUCGUGUAUUCCACAGCAAACUUACAUACCAUAAAGACAGAAUUCCUAAACAUCUUGGAGCCGUCUGUCUCUCCCAUAUGAUGGCUGUCUGUAUAUUUUUACUUGGGGUGCUGCUUUAUUGGCUUUGAAAACACUGUCAGAUAAGCUCAGUAAUAUGUUACCAUGGGAUAAAAAUAUGUAUCCCUGCCUAAGAAUAACUUGUGCAUUUGUUAUGGAAAUUUAAUUCAUAUGGUGUUUACAGUACUACUUUUGUAACUUCCAGACUUUCUAAAACAGUCUGCUUAAAAACCAUAUAAAAUAUAAUUCCAAAGUCUCUGCUGUCAAGAUAGAUUCGAGAGAAAGCAAGUGGCCAUGUAUGCUUUAACCUUAAACUGCAUACACAUGUGGUGAUACCUAGGCUGCAUUUAGAUCACCGUGUGCUCAGGCCAGGUGUGAAUCCUGAGGUCUGUGGAGGUGCAGAGAUGAGAUUACUCCUAUUCACGUUGAAGUGAUUUGCUUUGUUAACAAAAAAUUGCAGCUAUUGUCUAGCUUUCAUUUUUUUACUGAGAACUUUAAAUUAGUCCCCUAUUAGAAUAGGGUUGCUACUCAUCUUUUUUUAAAAACCGAAUUUCAUCAUUUAUCUAAAGAGAAAAUAUGCAGAAUAACUGGUCUUGUUAAGAGUGCAAUAUUAUAUUUUUAUGUAAAAAUAAAAAUUAAUUUGGGGGGAUUAUUUAUUCAGCAUGAAACCUAAUAUGUAUAUGUUUGAAAUACUUCGUAAUGUGCAUGUUGUAGCAAACAUUUCUGUAAAUUAUCACAAGCUCUGUUACCUUUAUAUACACUGCCUCUUCAAUUUGGAAAUAAAUUUCAUAAAAAUAGA